CUGCGCAGUAAAGGAGAAGCGUUUGUGCUAAACGAAGCUCGCGCCAGUGUAUCUCUCUUUCAAUUAUUCGCCUCCGGAUUAUUAAAACCUUCUUCAAAUCGGUAUAAUGGACAGAGAUAACACAUUUAUCGCGGGUGCCGUGCGAUCCUAAAAAAGAGUAGAAUGCGGCCGUGCCCCACCUUCCUGCUGGUGCUGCUGCGCUGGAUGCGGUUGCGCGUGUGUGCCAGAUGGUGGCGCUACAGCAAUGGCAACAACAGCAGACUACCGCUGUGUGUGAGGCAGAGAUGGGUCUACCUCAGACUGAUGGUUAACUCCCUCUGUUACAACUCCCUCACCAACUCUGAUGUCGUCAUGGACUCACUGAUGGAACCCAUCUUCUGGAUGGUGGACCUACUCACCCGCUGGUUCGGGGCGGUGUUUGUGUGUCUGGUAGUGAUAUUGACCAGUUCUAUCCUGCUGAUAGCCUAUGUGGGUCUGCUGCCCCUGAUCCUCAACACCUACUCUCCACCCUGGAUAGUCUGGCACAUCGGUUAUGGACACUGGAACCUCGUCAUGAUCGUCUUCCACUACUAUAAAGCCACCAAGACCGCCCCAGGAUACCCCCCUACGGUAAAGAAUGACAUUCCGUUUGUGUCUGUGUGUAAGAAGUGUAUCAUCCCCAAACCAGCCAGGACUCACCACUGUGGCAUCUGCAACACGUGCAUUCUGAAAAUGGAUCAUCAUUGUCCGUGGCUGAAUAACUGUGUCGGCCAUUUUAACCAGCGCUAUUUCUUCUGCUUCUGUCUCUCCAUGACCCUGGGCUGUGUCUACUGCAGCAUCAGUGGCCGGAACCUCUUCCUAGAUGCUUAUAGUGCUAUAGAGCGCUUCAAACACAUGGACUUGGAUAAAUCAGGUGUCCCGGUGACAGGGAUGGGGCAACUCAUAGGAAUCUUACCUCCUGGGCAGAGCACCUACCAGACCCCUCCUCCUCCCUACACGUUCAGAGACAAGAUGUUCCACAAGAGUAUCAUCUACAUGUGGGUGUUAACCAGCACUGUGGCUGUAGCUCUGGGGGGGCUGACUAUCUGGCACGCAGUGCUGAUAUCCCGAGGAGAGACCAGCAUAGAGAGACACAUCAACAACAAGGAGACUGAACGCAUGGCCAAACGUGGCAAGGUGUACAAGAACCCCUUUAACUAUGGCAGACUGAACAACUGGAAAGUCUUCUUUGGUGUGGAGAAGAGAAGUCAUUGGCUGACGCGAGUCCUCCUGCCCUCUGGACAUGCCCCCUAUGGGAACGGCCUGACCUGGGACAUCUAUCCAAUCAGAAAAGACAUGAUUCCCGUCUGAGACAAAUAGAAAAGAACUGACUUGAGACAUCUACCCAAUGAAGAAACACCUGAUGGCUAUCUGACCCCUGACCCCACAGACUCUGUCCACAGAGAAAACUACAUCUCCCAGCGGCCCCUGCUCCCUACAGGUGCUGAAGUCCAUUGACCAGGUUCUAUAGACGAGAAGUUGAGGUCUGAGCUGGAGAGUGAAUACUCAGAGGACUACAGGGAUGGCCAACAGGGAAGAGAUGGGGAAUGUUUGCUGCUCCCAAGUUAAACAAACCUGGUCAUUUCCAUGUAAAAGGACCCAUGAGCACCAACAUGUGAUGUUCAUAGGAGCAUGUCAAAUUGGGUGUCAAAUAAAAGCUAAGAGUCUAUAUUUUUGAGAAAUGAAUGCAUAUAGAAAUGUUUAAACCAUUUCCCAUCCUAAAAAUUAGGAAUAACAAACGCUUUGAUUUCUUGUCAGAUGGAAAAGGGGUCUUAGAAAACAUCUACCAGAAAAAGUCUUAAAAUGUAUUAGAAAUGCAUCAAAAGAUAAUGAUGUUGAAGUAAAGACCCCUGCCAAGUAAUAGCAACAAUUGAGUUUAGGAAAAAAAUGUCUGCCUUCUGUAAGUUUAAGAAACAUUGCCUUUUGCCUUGAAAUUCCGUUACCAAAAACCUACAUAUCUUUAAGAUAUUUUCAAAUUUCUCUCCUUUACUUGUUACUCCUUCCAGAAGUAACAAGUAAAGGUAGAACUAUCAAUUAGUGAUAGUUUUUACUUAUAUCAAUUUUGUUAUGAAUUAUUAAGGGAUUAAAACUCGAAAUUCUGUUACCAAAUCGGUAACAGAAUUUCUGCAAUUGAAUUGGCUACAAUUGGAAAUCAUAGUAGUCACAAACCACAGUUGGGUUACCUGCUACAGUCCUCCCUUCCACUGGCAUACUGUUAUGUUCAGCUGAUAACUGGUUUCUUUCUGUCUAGUGGCCAAAGCAAGAGUGAAAAGUCUGGACAUCUCUCUCUCGCUCGCUCCUCUUUCCUCUCUCUCGUAACCUCUUCCUGCUUUUACUGACACCUACCCAUGAGUACCCUCUCUUUCCAUUUACUGUAACCAGCCUCCUCACCCACUGAGCAUCGGACGUCCAUGGACGUAAAAAGUAGUUAAAAUUUGGUUCAUUGCGCCCUGGCCUUGAUUUCAUUGCCCACAGAUGUUUUUUGGUCCGGUCCAGACCAGCCUUGAUUUCAACGUCCACAGACGUCUGGACAGGCCUUCAUUUGACCCAAACAUAGUUUUUCACAAGUUUGGACAGUACAGUAGAAUCCAUUAAAGAAAAGUAUAGUUCAGUACAUUACUGCACAGUAGAUAGAGUACAGUAUAGUUCAGUACAGUGAAGAAAAGUAGAGUUCAGUACAGUACACAGUAGAGCACACGAGUUGAUUACACUAAUGUACUGAACUAUAAUGUACUGAACUAUACUAUACUCUACUUGACUGUACUGUACUGAACUCUACUGUUCUAAAUUUUUUUACAUUUU